AAUUUUAUCAUCAUCAAUAUGUCAUCGAGACAGGUCAUUAAGAAGAUACUUGCAAAUUUCGAGAGUGAAAGUGAUGGUGCUGUCAUCAGACAAGGCAUCACCAAGAGUGACCAUGAGUUAUUGGACCCGUUCGUGUCGUUGGUUGAAUUUUCCGGAUCAAUCUUAAGCUGUUUUGCUCUGUUUCUUGACCAGUUUCACCUCCAGGCGGAUUCCGAGAUCAUCCUCACAGAGGUCAAAUCAGCUAAUUCAUUCUUUUACAUGUACACAAAGACUACCAUUAUCCGUAAUGUCUCUCAUGUAAUCGAUCAACUCUGUGCAGGUUUUGAAAGUGUUACAUACAUGUUGCAGGGAGGCAUCAUUCACCAGGACUUCAAUGGUCAUAGUGGUACAAUCCAUGAAGGAGAUGUUCAGUGGAUGACAGCGGGAAGAGGCAUCAUUCAUUCUGAAAUGCCUGAAAAAGAAAUCAACAGUGGCUUACAGCUUUGGAUCAACCUCCCUUCAGAUGACAAAAUGAUCGACCCAAAAAGCCUAGAAAUAUCGAUUUCAGAGAUUCCGAGAGCAGAGGAAGAAGGAGUAGAGGUCAAAGUCAUAGCCGGAGAAUCAAUGGGAGUCCAGUCUCCUUUCUACACAAAAACACCGAUCAUGUUCCUUGACGUUACUCUCCAGCCAAGAGGUCAAAUCAACCAGACCAUUCCAGAGUCAUGGACCGCCUUCGCCUAUGUUAUAGAAGGCGAUGACGGCGUGUUUAGCUCCUCGGACUCUUCCACAGUAGAAGCACACAAUGUUGUGGUUUUUGGAACAGGGAAGUUAGCGUGUGGAAUACGUCAAGCGCUAGGGGAACCGAUAGGCGAGCCUGUGGUUCAGCACGAGCCAUUUGUGAUGAACUCACAGGCUGAGAUUGAUAUGGCCAUUGAGGACUAUCGCAAUGCCAAGAAUGGCUUUGAAAUGGCAAAGAAUUGGAGAUCAGAGUAA